AUGGCUUCUUCUAGGGUUUCUCAUGAGGUUGGGAAGCCUUCCGAUUGGGAGAAUAUUGAGUACGUCCCAGCGGUUAAUAAUAAUUUUGAUUGUAAUAUCUGCUUUGAACCCGAGGCUGCACACCAGUGGUUUGACAUCAAAAAUUGCAGCCAUGGUUAUUGUACGGAGUGCAUGGUCAAUUACGUGGUCUCCAAUCUUCAAGAGAAAGUCACAACCAUUCGGUGCCCUGAUCCUGACUGCGCAUCAGGAUGGAUAGAGCCCGAGGAUUGUGACUGGAUACUUCCCCAAGAAGUGUAUGAGAGGUGGGAAAGUGCGCUUUGUGAGGCUGCGAUCCCCAGCUCUCAAAAGUUUUACUGUCCCUUUAGUGAUUGCUCUGAGAUGUUGAUUAUUGAUGAUAAUGGGAGUGAGCUUGUGCGGCAGUCUCAGUGCCCGCAUUGUCGAAGGCUCUUCUGCGCGCAGUGUAAGGUUGCUUGGCACGCGGAGAUGGAGUGCUGGGAGUUUCAGGAGUUGAAUGACGAUGAGAGGGGAAGGCAAGACAUCCAGUUAAGGAACCUCGCAAACAUGGAGGGUUGGAAGAGAUGUCCCAACUGUAAGUUUUAUGUGGAAAAGAAGACCGGUUGCAAUGUCAUGAAAUGCAGGUGUAGAGCUACUUUUUGCUAUAGAUGUGGCCAGAGUUUAAGCUUGCCUAAAAACCAACGUCACUAUUGUUCCUAUUGUACGGGUUGA